AUGAACACAGUGAAAGAGCAUAAGAUAAAUACUUGGUGUCGCAAAGCCAAUUCUUCGAGAAGUGAUGAUAGGCACAAACUUGCAAGUGUGGAAGUGUGGCUACCGAGCAGAAAGCUCAGGGUGUUUCUGAUCCUCCUCCUGGUCGUCCCUUUCGGCCUCUGGCUCUACCAGGACGCGCUGCCGAGGACCCCGCAGACGUCCUACUGGAAGGCGGCUCUGGAUUCUGGUCGAGACUUCCUGUUGGGUGAACAGGAUCCAUUGCCUUGGUGGGACGGAGGCGACUGCCCUUGCCAUGGCAAAUGGUGCUUUCCAGAGCAGGGUCGCAACCUCUCGAGGGAGGACGCGGGCGGCGCCUGCGGCCGGAGGGCGUGGCUGGCAGGCGGAGGGCAGAAGGUGAUCAGUUUCUCAUUGUUCGGGAAUAAGCCACAAUACUGGCAGGCGUUCGGCAAGAACCUCAACGCGACAAAGGCCAUGUACCCUGACUGGGUCGUGUGGCUUUACACUAAUCCUCGCGGCCGGGAAGAUGUCCUCUGCCCGCUCCUGCGCGAUUUCCCUCACUUGUACAUCUGUGACGUCACCAACUUGCCUUCGCUUGGAAAUGUGACGUCAAUACACAACAUGGUGUGGAGAGCGCUGCCCCUUGGCGACGAAAGGGUCUCCGCGUUCUUCGUCCGAGACACCGACUCGCUUCUCCUGGAACGAGGCGCUGCGGCCGUGAGGGAAUGGAUGGCGGGGAACAAGAGCUUCCACCUGCUGAGGGACCAUCCGUACCAUGGCAUUCCCAUCAUGGGAGGGCUGUGGGGCGCCCGCUGGGACCUCGAGACGCAUAACGUGUCAGAAUUCAGGAAUGAGCUUGCUGGGAUUCGAAGCACACUGAUAGAAGAAGCCAGAGGGAAAUUUCACAAGGGUUUUGAUCAACAUAUCUUAGCGAAAGUGUUGUACCCGAAGACGAAAGGUGAUGCGAUGUCUCACGACAGUUACUUCUGCCAGCAAUUCCCAGAUGGUUUCAGACCUUUCCCGAUCCAGCGUGAGAACGGACAUUACUUAGGGAAUUACAUGGGCAGCCCAGACCAGGAUCCUCUGUUUGUUAAUCAGCCCUGCCCAGUGGCCUGCCGUCCAACGGAUCAUCAGAACUGGACCUACUGCUAACUAUUGCCGCUAAAGACCUUGGUUGAUAAUGUUAAAUAAUCAGUUACUGCUGACUCAAUCUUUCGUUAGUAAUGACCCAUUGCACUCUUUAGUGAAGGAUUUCGUGUUGUUAUCAAUAUCAGUGCGUUGAUAUUGAUUCGUGUUUUAUUGUUGUAAGCAUCUCUACUUAGGAAGAAGGUCCAGUGAGCGAUUUAUUGUCUUGUUGGUCGAGUGGAUAGUGAAAGUUUGGCGAAGGGCAGUGCUGGCGUCCUCCGGCUCUUCAAAAUACGGGUCGCGAUUCAGUGCUGGGUCAGUGGAGCGCCACUUAAUUAUCAUCAUGAUACAUAACAUUUUUCAUAUGUGUGUGUGUGUGUGUGUGUGUGUGUGUGUGUGUGUGUGUGUGUGUGUGUGUGUGUGUGUGUGUGUGUGAAUAAGAUCAAUUUCUAUCGUGUAGGAUAUAUGAAAACGAAAAUAAUCAGUUUUCCUUUAUACAGGACAUAGAAAUCAAAUUAUUAGUUUUCAUUUAUGCAGGAUGUUGAAAUAUUAGCUCCAUGAUAACAAUGGAGCUAAUUAUGAAUGUAAAGUGUUUAUAUGAUUAUAGUCUGUAAUAUCAGUGUUCAGGAUAAUUGUUUACAACUAGAUAAUCAUAGUAGCCACACUUUUGUUUUGUUUGUUUGCUAUCUCUGUUUUGUUGAAGUUUUGGUGUUAUUGCUCUUGGAAUCACUGGCAAUGAGCUAAAGGACGCUCAGACAAGCUCCGCCCAUUUGUCCACACCAAACUCGUUUCCAACAUGUUCCGGCCACUGGUUAUUACCCUCGCUUUAAGACUUCCCUCUUUGGUCGCUGGUAGUCUUUCUCUGGCCAGGUCUUCCGGCCAUUGGAUUAUACGCUGUAAUACUUUUCGCCUCAAAGAGUGCAUUACCUCCAUCAAGGGAAUAGGGUCACUCAUGCAAUAAAGAUAUUUGCACUUGAAGAAUUGCAUUAAAAUCACCUCUUUCUC